CACAACGGUUGUAUCUUGCAGCAAGGAAGACCAGAAAUUUGCCUUUAAAAAGAACAAGUGUGAGAGAGUCUGUUUGUGUGUCAGUCAGGUUGAAGAGAGAGAGAGAGAGAGAGAGAGAGAGAUAGGAGAAGAUGACAUACCUAGAGGAGUCCGUGUUCAUUGAGCUACCAGCUCCUUCUCCAUGGAAGAAACUGUUUUAUCCGGAGCGAGCAGGUUCAGCACCGAGGAUGCCAAAGAUUGUGUUUGUAGGUCCAAAUGAUGAAGAGAUCAGGACACGCAAGCAGCUUGAGAAGUACUUGAAGGCUCAUCCUGGAAACCCUGACAUCUCUGAGUUUGAUUGGACCAAUGGGGAGCCUCCAAGGCGAUCUCCGAGGAUCAGCCAGAAGGCGAAGGCUAUGACAACCCCCACUCCCGACGACGAAGUGCUUCCCCAGAAGAAAAGACGCUCUUCUCUCGCUAUGACGGACACUGGAGUGGCUGCUGCUGCUGAGAAUGACCAAGAAGCGGAGGCUGUUGCUAAGGAGAAUGUGGAGGCUGAGGGUGAGGGUGAGAAGCAAGCAGAAAUUGAAGAGGCUGAGAACAAGAAGGAGGGUGAGAGUGGAGGAGGAACAGCUGAAGAAACUCCCAAGGUUGAAGACCUCAAGGAGACUACUGAGAUGAACGAACCAUUGGGAGUUGUUGCUGGAGAGGAAGCUGACGAGAAGAAGACAGAUGGUGAGCCACCCAAGCUUGAUGCAGACGUAGAAGCUAAUAAGGUGGAUGGAACCCAAGAAGCUGAAGCAGCAGUAACCGAGGAGAAAAUGGGCGACGUGGAAGGGGAAGACACAAGCGAAAGCAUGGACUUUGAUGUUAUUGUGUGAUUUGAGUCAAAGAUUAUGAGUGGUUGUUGUAUUUUUAUUUUUUUUUGUCAUCGAGUCGUUGUUGUAUUUUUUUUUUGUCAUCGAGUGGUUGUUGUCUGUUGUGGUAGAACUAAUGUCUAUGUAGUUCAGUCCAUUAUCAUUAGAGUCUUGUUCUUUUGUUGUGCUGUUAAUGUGAGG